UGGCACUUCGCCCGGAUGCCGCGGCUCCUCCCCUGGGGCUGGACUCCCCCUCCUGCCCAGCUGUGCUGCCGACCCGCCUCCCUCCCCUUGCGCGAACGGGUUUCCUCCCGCUCUCAUUGGCCCAGCAGUGCUGUGUAUGGUCUUCAUUUUCCUGCAUUUCAGAUACACACAACUAAACCUACCAUGCAGUUCAGCCAGGAAGACUUUGAAAAAGCCAAAGAUCAACUGAAGCUUUUGAAGGAGGACCCUGGUAAUGAAGUAAAGCUGAAGCUUUAUGCAUUGUUUAAACAGGCUACCCAGGGCCCCUGUAAUAGUCCAAAACCUGGUGUGCUUGACUUUGUCAACAAGACCAAGUGGGAUGCAUGGAAAUCACUUGGUACUUUGCCACAGGAGAGCGCCAGACAGAAAUACAUUGAGCUUGUGUCAAGUUUGAUCUCUGCAGAAGCUUCUGAGGUUAAAGACUCCCCUCCUGGCAGCCAGCCUAGCUAUGAAACACUGCAGGUUACUACUAAAGACAACAUCACAACAAUCAUGCUAAACCGUCCUAAAAUGAAAAAUGCUAUAAAUGUGAAGAUGUACAAUGAGAUUAUUGCCGCACUUGAGGGAGCAGCAAAGGAUGACUCUACUAUAACAGUUUUGACAGGUAAUGGAGAUUACUACUGUAGUGGCAAUGAUCUGAACAACUUUGCCAAUCCCUCAGGAAGUGGAUUAGAAGAGGCAGCAAAGAAUGGUGCUGUACUGCUCAAAGAGUUUGUCAAACAUUUUAUUGAUUUUCCUAAGCCAUUAUUUGCUGUGGUGAACGGGCCAGCUGUUGGGAUCUCUGUAACUGUCCUUGGGCUAUUUGACAUUGUAUAUGCUACUGACAGAGCAACUUUUCACACACCCUUUAGUAAUCUGGGUCAGACCCCAGAAGGAUGUUCAUCAUAUACGUUUCCAAAAAUUAUGGGCUUAGCCAAGGCCAAUGAGUUGCUGCUUUUCAACAAGAAGCUAACUGCUGCUGAAGCCUGUUUGCAGGGGCUUGUGACAGAAGUUUUCCCUGACAACAUCUUCCAGAAAGAAGUGUGGACAAGGCUGAAAGCUUAUGCAAGCCUUCCCAGGAAUUCCUUGGCACUCUCCAAGCAGCUAAUAAGAGGCAUGGAAAAGAAAACACUGUAUGAAGUUAAUUCUCAAGAGUGUGAGCGUCUCAAAGAAAGAUGGCUGUCUGAUGAAUGCAUGAAUGCCAUAAUGAACUUCUUUCAGAAGAAGUCAAAGCUCUAAUCUCUUCCUAACCAAGCAAAAUAAAUUGAUGCAAACUAGUUUCCA